GCAUCCCAGCUCAACCCCUCGCUCCCCCUGUUGCCUGCGCAGUGGUACAGCCCGAGCUGACUCGGCCCCGCGGAGCGCCGCCCCUCGCAACGGCAGUGGUGCUGCCCGGUAUUGCCCGGCAGCCUCCGCCGCCGUAGUUAGGGCCGCGUUGUUUGCGUGUCUCUCUCUCCUCCCCCCCGCGCUUUGUUGAAGUGGUAGAGGCCGCUAUCGCUCGGAGUCUCGCCAGCCGCCGCCCUCGCCCCGCUCUCUCGCCUCCGCCGUCCCGCCUUGCCUGGGGGGCCGGUGGGGCUGGUGUGUAUGAGUGAUUUAUAACCGCGACCCCGCGAUGUCCACGCCCGCCCGGAGGCGCCUCAUGCGGGACUUCAAGAGGUAAGCGCAGCGGAGGGACGGUUUCCCGAAGUGGGGGAGCGGGCAGGAGAGCGAGGAAGGUGGUGAGGUGAUCAAACAUGGCGGCGGCGGAGGGAGCGCUGCGCCGCUAGCGUAGUGGGCAGUGUUGCGCUACUUGCGCAAGGCGGGCAGGCGAGCGAGCGAGCGGCUCCCGUAGAACGGGGGGGGGGGGGGCGCUACGCAGUUUGCGCAGGCUGGGUGGGAAGGCGGUGCUGUCACUCCUGCCACUGAGCUGCUGGUGUCCCUUGUCCCUUUCCCUCCGAAAACAGGCUUCAGGAGGACCCCCCGGCGGGAGUCAGCGGGGCUCCCUCGGAGAACAACAUCAUGGUGUGGAACGCGGUUAUUUUCGGGUGAGUAGGCAGACCCUCUCCUCCCACCUGCAAGUGCCCCCCCCCUUUCAGGGUAAACAUUGGGGAGAGGGACUGGGACGGGCAGAAGAAGAAAAAAGAGAACAAGAAAUUUAACCUGUCCUCCCUUUCUCUGAAGAUGGUUUCUGAAGACAGCUGGUGCAGAAUUCAAGGGCCAGGUUGCAAGAGGGUUUGAGCCUAUGACACCGAUCCUGGUCUGACUAUUCGCUGCCAGUUGGUUUCAUUCAAAUUGCUGGUUUUGACCUAUAGAACCUUAAAAUGGUUCAGGACCACAAUAUCCCCGUAAGGGGCAGGUGCAUAUUCCUUCAUUGCAUAGGGUUGGACUACAUGGUCCUCAAGGUUCCUUCCCACUCUUAUUAUUCUGUGAGAUAACUGAGAUACUUCCAGUUCUGCCUCUCCCCAUGUGAACUGAUCUGGACCCUGCAGUCAUCCAUCACCUGAGGCCCUCCUUCAUGUGUCCACCUCUAGGAGAGGUCCGGAGGGUGGAAACAUGUGAACGAGCCUUUUCUGUGGUGGCCCCACUUUUGUGCAUUGCGCUCCCUGGGGAGGCUUGCCUGGCGCUUUUGUUCCACAUCUUUAGGUGCCAGGCAAAAAUAUUCCUCUUUUCCCAGCCCUUUGGAUAAUUAAGCACUCUGUGGUCUUUUAAAUUGCUUAUGUGAGUGAUGGUUUUUUUUGGGGGGGGGUAUUGUUCUUGUUUGUGCCUAUGUUAUUAUGUUUGUAUUUUGUAUUGUAAACAGCUCUGUGAGCCUCAGAUGAUGGAUGGUAUAGAAAUUGGAUAAAUAAAUACUAAUAAUACAACUUACUACUAGUAGUACUUAUUCGUGUUAACUCCUGAGCCUUUCUGCACCUUCAAGGGAUCAAGAUGUCACCGAUCUGUUUUUCAAAAACAUAGGCAUAUGCAUACAUUUAUUCCCAAACAGGAAUAAUAGCUGUAAUUAUUAUUAUAUUAGAACACAACAGCUUGUAUCCCAUGAAGAAGAGAAAGAUGAUGAUGAUGAUAGUGAUAGUAUCAUCAUCAUCACUAUACCCCACCCAUCUGGCUGGAUUUCCCCAGCCACUCUGGGCGGCUUACAGCAUAUAUCAAAAUGCAAGUGUAGGAAUUGUAAUUGCUAUUAUUGUGCUGGUAGUUGCAUCUUGCUCCUCUCCUUCCAAUAUGCUCAGGGUGGGGUGUUUGUGUUGCUAUAAUUAUUGCUUUAAUGAUUAUCAUUGUCAUAUCUUGCCUUGCUCUUUGUCCAAGGAGGUUAGGGCUGUGUGGUUCUGCAGGGAUGACAGUAUAGCAGCUAUUUUUCUUAAUCGUAUUUUGCUCUUUGUCCAAGGAGGGCAGGUGGUGUUGGUUUUUAAUCUGCACAACAGGGCUAAAAGGCUGUAUAUCCAGGCUGAGAGGUAUGUGAGAGAGUUUCCAAAUACUAGAUCUGGCGUUAGCCAUAAUUUUUUUAAAAAAAUCUCUUCCUGUAAGGCAGUGAUCACCAACCUUUCUGGUCCUGUGCUCAAAUAGACUUUAAAAAAGCAUUCCGUUCUACCCAAUAGAAUAGGCUGUGAUGUGUGUGGUUCAUCCAUUUCAUCCAUUUGCACAAUUUCUGCUGGGGGCAGAAGAAGACCCUGUGGGCUCCAGCGGAGGCCUCUGCAGGCACAUGUGCGCUCAUGAGACCAUGUUGGCACCCCCUGCUCUAAGGAGCUUUAGAAUGUACACAUGGUUGUCAUUCCAUCGCUCUCCCUAUUAUCCUUGUGACAGACCUGUAAGUAGAUUACUUGGGGUUGGUGUGGAAAUAUUGUUGCCAGUGGUGACCAGGAAUCUUAAUUUUGUUGACAAGCAAAGCAAAACUCCCUAUAUAUCCCACCAGGCACAAUGUUUUUAUUUUUAAAAAGCUGCUGGCAGUGCAGGGUCACAAGACUGCAGGUUUCAUGUUUAUAUUGGAGCACUUUCAGUGCCUUGGUCUGGGAAAGGAAUGGGAAACCUGUGCCCCUCUAGCCAGUGUUAGAAACAAAAUAUGAAAGCUAGGAGCUAAAUGGCACCUUAAACCUAGAUUAUAGGUGCUACAAUGGAACGUCUAGGUGUGCAUUUUUAUAACAAAAAUACAAAGCUGAAAGUGAAUGAACUGCAACUAAAAUAAUAUGUUCAUUUCCCCGUGGUCUAGUCCUUCCUCUGCCCACCCCCUUAAUAUUCUUAAGAGGGUCUUUUCUCCAGUCUUCGGAGAAUAGCUGGAAGUGGGAAGGCAGUUUUAAUCUGAAAUCUUAGGCGCAGUUCUGCUCCCAGAGCUCAGAAACUGCUUGCGCUAAUGAAGUUCCCUGUCGCAAAAUGUGCCUAGAACAAUGGGGGUUUCGAACACCGCCUCUAGCUGUUGCUGGACUACAACUCCCAUUGCACCUGAAUAUGGGCUGGGGCUAAUGGAGUCCCACAACAUCUGGAGGGAUGUUCCCACCUUGGUAUAGAAAUAAAGGGUUAUUAAAAGCAUGCAGUAGAAACAUUGCUCCUCCCUAUAGCCCUAUUCUCUGCUAUGCAAGGGAUAAACAUUACUUUUUGUGGUGCAGAAAGCAAGCAAGCCAGGCUACUAGAAACAACUGCUGGCUAUCAUAUCUUGCUAGCUUGUAGUGAACUUUUGUAAGUUAGGAUGAGAGAGUAGCUGUAACUGGCCUAAGAAAUAUGGGGUGGUGGUUGUUAUUUUUGUUUGUUUCUUUGUAUGCAUUUUAUAUUGUAAACCGCCCAGUGAUCCUCGGAUGAAGGGUGGUAUAGAAAUUUAAUAAAUAAAAUUAGUAAACAUCCUCUGUGAGUUUUGUGGCUGAGGAACAAUUUGACCAUCUAGUUCAGGCCCUUGCCCCCAGCAGCAUUCAGAGGGAUACUUUUCUGCUACGGAACUGCUGUUCACUGUAGAGGAUUCUAGAGUUUGCUUUAGGUUGGAGACUCAAAUCAAUAAAGCACUGACUGAACUUUACUGUUCCCAUAUACCAGGGGUCUGCAACCUGCGGCUCCGGAGCCGCAUGUGGCUCUUUUACACCUUUGCCACAGCUCCGGGGCGGAUACUAGCGAGGGGAGGAGGCACAUUGUGCGCCCCAACACUCCCCACUGUAGCGGGCGCUGUACUGGCUGUGACGUCGCAUGGUGGCAGUGCGUGUGUUAGUCACGCACCGUCCCGACAUCACCUUCCCGCCCGCCCGCUACAUUGUAAGGGGCAUGUACGCUGGUCACUGCAUUGAAAGGGGACAUGUACACUGGUCACCGUUUUGAAGGGGAGUGAAGAACACACACACACACAAAGGUAACUUGUUAAUUUAACAUUUAUUUCUAUGAGGAGGAGUAAUACUGAGGGGUCAAACAAAGAAAUAAUUUAAAAAGUGACAAAAAAGUUGUUUUUAUAAUGAUGAGUUUUGCAGCUCCCAGUUUUUUUUCUCUUCGGAAACGGGUCCAAGUGGCUCUUUUUGUCUUAAAGGUUGCAGACCCCUGCCAUAUACUGAGAGUAAACUGAGGAGUGUAAUGAAUGUGCUUCCUUGGCUGCACUUUGCAGGGAAAAGUCAGUGGUGCUGGGCAAACCUUCUGAGCGCAGUUUCUAUGUCAUUACUGAUCUUUUAAUUGAGAAACUCCACAACAAGCUUCUGAGGAAUUGUUCCCUCUGCUAGAUAGAAAAACACUGCCACCUCUGUAUCUAACCGUAUUAUGCAAGUUUGCAAAGCUGCAGUGAAACUCUCCCCCUUCAGCAUGUUUUUGUGGUGGUGGAGCUGAUUCCUGCCCCAAAUUUUCAGCAAGAAUUCUUUUCUUCUCAUAUGCAGGGAACUUCCUUGCUCACUCAUUCCUAUUUAGCAACCACCACAUGCUGUAAGAUUGUCCAAGGAGUAGGUGCUGUUUCUGCCUUCUGAAGUAACAAAGCCACUUAGGUAGAGCCUGUGCCAAAGCUCCUCGAGUGACCUCCAUCGAGGGUAGUCAAGAGCUGGCUGAAUGAUUUCCUCCCCCCUCCAAUACACAUCCUUAUUUUCUGCAUGGGAUACUAAGCUUGCCUUGCCUUAAAGGCUAGGGAAACGCUAUAUUGGGGUAGGAAGUAUCUUUCAUGCCUUUGGAAGUAUUGUUCUUUCAUUUUAUUCCCUGCAGAAACUGUGCUUCAGUAGUGCAUAGCUCAGUUGGUUAGAGCAUGGUGCUGAUAAUGUGAGGGUUGCAGGUUCAAUCCCCGCAAGGGACAGCUGCAUAUUCCUGCAUAGCAGGGGGUAGGACUAGAUGAUCCCCAUAGUCCCUUCCAGCUCUACAAUCUGUGAUUCUAUGUGGGACUGUUUUGUUCAUAUUCUUCCCGUUUCAUUUGUCUCUGCCUUCCCCAACAGAAUUUAGGCUGCAUUCCUCAGGGCAGGGAUCUUUCUCUUUUAUGUUGCUCUGUAAUGUGUUGUACGUAUUAACAUUAGCUAGAAAUCUUCAGGUUGGUCAGCAAAUUGAGCAAAAACCCAAAAUCCACUGAGCGUUGUGUUCUUUUAUUCAGGGGAGGAAAUAUUUUCUGAGUAUAUGUCUAGUUACCUGUGGCAAAUUGGUUGCCAUCAGCUCCGAGCCAUGCACAACCCUUGCGCUGCUGCUAUAUUGAAUUUAAAAAUACCAGCAAAACUGGAGUUGGGGACAGUGAGCAGCGGCAAGCGUGCAGCAUCCUUAGCUCUGCCAUUUUAAAAUGAAACAGUGCUAUGGAGACUUUGGGUAUGGCACCCCCACAAUUUGUCCUGGAUAGUUUCUAGGUUGAGAAUAGAAUUAGAGGUGGCAGCAGCAUGGGAAUGGGUGUCAGUUUUACUUUACACAAGUAAAACUACCCAGGUGUAGAAAUUGUGAAACUGCUAAAACUUUGUUUCUUGUUCUAAAGCCCUUAAGCCUUGCUCAUUCUAACUCCUGUUUCUGUUCUGGGCAUGGAUUAAACUACAUGUCAUUUUGUAAAGGCUGAGUGCCAGUUUAAUAAUGAACUAACUUCACUAAGCCAAAUGUAAGAUGCUGACAUGCUCUCUCCUCUUUCAGGCCUGAGGGAACCCCAUUUGAAGAUGGUAAGUAUUAAAACAAAACAAAACAUUUUCAAUGGGCAGAAGGGUGAUGUGAUCAAAUUGUUAAUCAGUCUUAGGAUUCCACAUCAGAAUUUCAUGGGUCAGUGUAGCUCAGAAGCAGAGAGUCAACUUUCCCUGGCCUCUCAGUAUAAUUUAAAUGUUUCAGAGAGAGAAUGAUGCCAAGUCCUCCUCCUCCCCCCCAUCAGCCACCCUUUCUAGAAAGGGGAUAGGUGUGUGGGAGAAGAAACACUUUGGUUGGAAGAUAAGACAGCUGCAGUUAAGCACUUUGCUUUGAAGUGGUGACUAGGCUUACUGUGUAAAUAGUACCCUUUACUUAAGAACUUUCUUGAAGCUACUCCUAUAAACAAAGUCUGUUUGGGGUACAUGUUCAGAACCAUCAUAUCUUUCAUAACCCGUGUAUUGGGGUACAUGAAGGAUGGCUGUCUCCAUAAAUAGGGAAUGUUACAAAUAUAUCCCUUGGAUGAAAACUGUAUCAUGCCCUCUCACCUUGACUAUUGUGGCCUUCUCAGUCCUCUUUCUAGCACUUUUCUACCAGCAGCAUUCACAUCCCUAGUUAUCCUGAUCACAUGGUGGUCUUUCUUAAAUUUGCACAUUGUUUUCUUGCCCUUCCCUUGAUCCAACAUACCUUCCACAUCAGAACCCUUCAUGGCCUUGCCUUCUCUUAACACCCCAACAUAUUCCUGCUCUUUACUACUCCACCUCCCUGCUCUCAGCCAUCUCAAGAUCUAUAGCUUCCUUUGACCCACUCUAUCCUUGGUGCCUCUUAUGCUUAGAACUGCCAUCUAGAACUCCUGUCUUCCUUCAAAUCCCUCAGAACCCACCUUUUCCUUGAUGGCUUUGGCACAACUCCUUAGGUCCCAUGCCUUACUGUAACUAGGCCUGUGUACACGUAACUGAAAUAAACAAAAUCUUCCUCUUUUUAGCGCUGCUGCUUUCUCCGUGUCAGAUCAUAUAAGCCGUGGGGCAGGAGCCUUUCUAAUUGGACUCUGUAAUGUGCUGUUCACAUUUGCAGUGCUACAUAAACAGUAACGCUUUGGCUGUGAGCUUCCUAAAGCCAUUUGGCUGAGGAAAGGUGGACUAAUCUUUGAAUCUCAUGUACCAAGAGAAUUUUGUGAAAUGGUUGGUGCUUCUGCACUUGAGACCAAUGGGAACAGGGGGUUUCCAUUUGUAAACAAGAUACUUAUAACUUGCCUCUCCCCAUUGCAGGAACUUUCAAGCUUACCAUAGAAUUCACAGAAGAAUAUCCAAACAAGCCACCUACUGUUAGAUUUGUGUCUAAAAUGUUUCAUCCAAAUGGUAUGUACCACCUAAAAUGAAGCGAUUUGUUUCUUAACUGCAGUAGUGGUCACAGAGGUGGACCUGAUACUGAUAGUUGCAGGGAAUUUUGGACACACUCUCUCUCUCUCUCUCUCUCUCUCUGUGUGUGUGUUUGUGUGUGUGUGUGUCCCCAUAUGCUAAUUGUUGCUGAGUUCAAUCCUACCUGGCCUCUCAAGUUUCUAGUGCAAUCAGAUUAUUUCCCUCAGUGACUUCCUUGAUCACAAAGGUGUAGGGUUUUUUAAUUUUUAAAGGCAAGGGGAACAUAUUUAAAUAAAACCAUAUCUACUUCAUAGCAAUACCUGCUCAGUUUUAGGAUUUCUUAUAAUCCUAGUUCUUGUCUGCUGAUUCUGUUUUGGCUAUAUGACUUCUGAUGGAAGCAUGAAGAAACUUUUCUUGUGGUCACUAACCUUAGUUCAAGUUUAUUGCGGCCAAAGCCAGUGACACUAAACACCAUAAGAUCAGACAACAAGAAAUCAACAACAACUUCAGAAAAGAAAAAAGGUUACACAAGAGAACUUCACAGUGUGCCAUUCAACAGAAGAGAUUUACGCUUCUUAAUUGCUAAAGUGCAAAAUUUAGCCACCUCAUAUGAUACUGAGCUUGAGGAAUCUUCCAGGAGGUAUUUUCGAAGAAUUUCAGGGGAGGAUUCCAAAUAAUAUUGAAGGGGUAUAAAUUUUGAUAGAAGCGGUAAAAUAAGUUGAACUCGUUCUUCACUAUAGAAUUCGCAAGAUAGAAGAAUGUGUGUGACAGAUUCUACCUUAUUAGACAUACAAGGGCAGAGACGCGCAUGCAUUGGAACUCGCGUGAAUUUGCCGUACAGCACUGCUGAGGGCAUUGUCUCAAAGCGGGCUCUAGAGAAAGCCCAUCUAUAGGUUUCGUUAGUGAUGUUAGUUAAGUAAGGGGUAGCUGCAAAAUUAGGCCAAGCUUUUAAACAUCUAUACGUCUCUGGGAGUAGGGCGCCUUCUUGUUGUGAUUCGAUAUCAUAAAGUCUCCGAGUGAUAGUAGCUUUUGCCUUGUUCAGAGUUCCAAUAAGAAUAUUUUCAGGGUUUAGGCCAAUUUGUUUGAUCUUGUUAGUUAUUUGCAUAAGCCAAGGAGGAUAGGGAACUGCGGCCAGGAAGCAAGGUAAUAGACCCUUAGGAUUGUAAUGGAUUUUCAGCCAGAGGGAUAUUGCUUGUUCCCAGACUUUUAAUUCCACUCUGGGCAGUCCUGCCUCUUGCCUUAAGACUGCAUUAGGUGUACACUUAGGAGUAGCAAAUAAUGAUCUUAAGAAUUUAGAUUGUACUGUUUCAAGGGUCUUAAGGUUGGCAGAGGGGCUAAUUUGAGAGCCAUAUAGAAGUUGGGCUAAAGAUUUUGCCUGAAAGACUGUUAGGGCCAUCGGGAGGAAGCCAGCUCCUUUCCUUCUGAAUAAUCUAAGGAUAGCAUUUGCACUUCUUUCUGCUGAUAUAGCUGAUGUGGUCAAGUGUGUUGAGAAUUUGGCAUUAUAGGAGAAAGUAAUGCCUAAGUAUUGGAAGGUCUUAGUCUGUUCAAUGGCGUUUCCCUUUACGCUCCAAUUAUCCUUCCUAAAGGAGCGGUUAAAAUGUACAAUUUUGGUUUUGGCAAAGUUAAUUGUUAACAGUUCAGUGUUACAUUGGUCACUAAACUUUCCUAAGGCACGUUUCAGACCCACUUUAGUUUGAGAGAGAAGAACAGCGUCAUCCGCAUACAUUAAAAUUGGUACUUUUCUGCCAUUAGAGAACACAGGGGGGUGGGUUUCAAUUUCACGGCAGCAUGUGACCAGGGAGUUAACAUAGAUAUUAAAUAGGAAUGGGGCUAAUAGGCAUCCUUGUCUAACUCCUCUUUGGACUAGGAUUUCUCUAGAGAGUCUGCCGUCCUGUGCAAGUCUUAUCUGGAGGGUAUUGUUCUCAUGAAGCUUAAUCAUCAGAAGUAAUAACCUUCUGUUAAUACCCAUAUUGGCCAAUUUGGCCCAGAGCCUGCUCCUGGAUACAGAAUCAAAUGCUGCCUUUAGGUCCACAAAGGCCGCAUAUAAUGACUUUUUCCAAUAUUUCGCAUACUUAUAGACAAAGUAAUCUAACACUAAGCAGUGAUCAAUGGUGGAACGUCCGGAUGUAAACCCUGCUUGUUCAAUUUCUAGCAAGUUAUUAUGAUCUAACCAUUCCCAUAAUUUUAGGCAUAGAUGUUUUGUAUAAAGUUUACAGAUCACAUUCAGGAGACUAAUUGGUCUAUAAUUAGAUGGAUCAGAGGGGUUGCCCUUUUUAAAUAUGGGAACAAUUAUAGCUAGUCCCCAAUCUUUAGGGAUUUCAGUUGUCUUAUCUAUAUAUGAAAAUAGAUUAGCAAGGACCGGGGCCCACCAAUUUAUUUGCGCUUUCAGAAGUUCAGCGACAAUGAAAUCACUUCCUGGGGCUUUGCCAGAUUUCAUUUGUAGAAUUAGCGAAGUGAUUUCAGUUUCAGAUGUUGGGGGCCAUGGUGUAUCAUUAUCUAAGGGGAUGUUAAGCGGCGCAGAAGGACGAUGUUCCCUAAACAGCACUUUAUAGUGCUCUUCCCAUGAAUUUGCAGGGAUUAUUGUGCCCUCAUUAGGAGCUUUGGUUUGACUGGAGAUAAUUUUCCAGAAGUUGGAAUUGUCUUUUUCUAUUGACGCUUUUAUGAGGGCCUGCCAAAUGAGAGAGUCUGCGGUUCUUUUUUUGGUUUUUAAUAACUCUUUGUAGUUCUUUUUUUAAGUUGUAACUCCAAUUUAGUGAUAGGGUUAGGAUUUUGCUGGAAGACCUUAAAGCAUUCCCUGAGUAUAAGUUUUGCCUGAGUGCAUUCGUGAUCAAACCAUUUUUUGUUGGUAGGGGAGUCAUUUUGGUUAGAUCUUCUGGGUCUUGACAAUAACGGUUGGAGUUUUCGGAUUAAUGUAUUAUAAUGGUCAAUUGGGGAGGUCUCUUCAGUGUCGUUGGAAGUCAGAUCAGCCCAGAGGAGUUGACCUUCCAUUGAUUGUGUCCAAAUACCAAAAUGGUUAUUAACAUAAGGGGGUGGUCACUAACCAAGUGCACCCAAUUUAAAUUUUUAGCACUCCUACAGCUGCUGAUGCUUUUGUAAAUGAGUUUUUAAUGGCUUUUUUUUAACAUGAUUUUGUCAUCUUGCAUUUAUAUCUUCCCCACUUUAUGAAGAAUUUUAAAUCCUACAUUGGAAAGUUCACAUUAGGCAAUGGGGUACAUGCUGUCACUAGGGUGACUGGCAUAGAUCUUUGAAAGGAGACACAUUACUGCUCUUUAAAUCUUUUCUUGAUAUGCCAUGCUGUGAACUUUUUAAUAAUCAGAGUUGUGAGGUUAUAAAGGAGGACGUGUUGGUGGAACAAGGUGAACUUUAAAAAUUCAUUUCACCAGGGGCCUGUUCCAUAACUUGUUGAAAUCAGGUAUUUCAGGCACAAGUUGUCAGAUGCUUUUUCUAUGGGCAGCUUAAGAUAGUUAUGCAGCAAAUGUUGAUAAUUAGCUGGGAGUGUCAACAUAGCAAGAGAAACUUGAAGGCACUGAUUCUUGUUAUGAAACUCAUUAAUUUCCUUUUGUAGUCUAUGCAGAUGGUAGUAUAUGUCUGGAUAUUCUUCAGAACCGUUGGAGUCCUACCUAUGAUGUGUCAUCCAUCUUAACAUCCAUACAGGUAACAUCAGGGCUACUGAUGACCUUGCUAAUACAGUUUGAAGCAGUGUAAUAACUAAGGUGGAAACCUCUAUCUGCCAUGGGAUUCCAUCAUCAUUAUUUAUGACCCAUCUUUUUAUUUCUGUAAAUUGGUUUGUGAAAGUAUGGAAAUGCGUAUUUAUUUCUCAGUGAUUAUUAUCCACUGUAUUCACAAGUGUACUUAAAAAGAUCAAGAAAAUGUUUUCACAAACUGAAACAGCUAUACAUUUAAAAAGCAUUGCAUCUUUUUCUAGUGGUGGUAAUUAUAUUUAGUCUAUUUUUGUACCAUUGUGUUUUUAGGUGUAUUUGGUGUAGCAGAGCUGUAUUCUUACAGUUCAGAGCGUACUUUCUUCUCCCCUUGCUUUUUACACUUCUGUCAUUCACCAUCAAAGUCUUGCCUGAAGCCAAUGCAAGAUGACUGCUGGCAGACCAAAAGCCCUGUCCCCCCAUUCUCCAUUAGAAUGAUGCAAGAACAGUCCAUCGGAGUUGAUUCUGAGUCUAGUCCUAUAGGCUUAAAGAAGUGGCUUGCUGCACACAUUAAGCUUUGCUGUCAAAACAAAGAUAAUUGUUCAUCGUAUAACUAGUACCUGUGCAGAGUCCAUGUCAUUGUGUUAAAAGCAAUGGGAAGGGUCAAGCUAAGCAGCGGGCUUGAAAUAGUCAAGAGAUCUUCCUAAUAUUCAUGGCAUCUUUUGCUACAUUGAAUUAAUCACUUUGCUUGCAUUGUGUGAAACCUCAUUAUGAAGCCUGAAUCAUCUUUUCUUUUCUCUCCCUCCCCCCCGCAAACAGUCUUUACUGGAUGAGCCUAAUCCAAACAGUCCAGCAAACAGCCAGGCAGCUCAACUAUACCAAGAGAAUAAGCGGGAAUAUGAAAAACGGGUUUCUGCAAUAGUAGAACAAAGUUGGCGUGACUGUUGACCCUGGAUGAUGCAAAUGAACACUCUGAUGAGGAAAAUAUAUGUAUGAAGUGUCUGAGUCAUCCUCCUCCUCCUCCUCCUAGCAUCACUGCAUUUACUUUGAAAAGCAAAAUAGCUGUUGUGCUGUUGCCACCCACCCUUGCUGAAGCUUCUUUCUCCUUGGACAUCAGAAAGCACCCCCUCCCCUCCCUCUUGAGGUCAAAUGUACCGUACUUGGGUUACUUGUGAAAGAAUUACUUAAGGCUGAAUUCCACUGUCUGUGAUCUACCAUCUCCAGUCUUAGGGCAGCAUUGUGCAUUUCUGUAGUGGACACUAAGCUUUUAAGUGUAAUUGUGUUAUACACAGUGAUGCUUACGUGUAGCUUGAUUUUAAAAAAAGGGAUAUUUAUAUACAGUAUACAUUUUUAAGUAUGAUUCAAGUGCUAGCAUUUUAACUGCUGCUAUCAGCUUCAGUGCAUCUGUAAGUACUGUGUGAAGAACUAGAUUUCCCUGCUGCUUUAUCUUCCCCCUGGUUUUUUUUUUCCAUUUAGCAAUGUGAUGAAAGUAUUUGGAAUUGAGAUGAAAUUGAGAAAUGGACUAUUAUGUCAAGCUCGGGCCGGGAGGAGAGAAGGGGGUUGCAGUCUGCUCUAUGGGUCAUGUGCAAAGUGAUCUAUCAUUGUGUGUGGUAACAUAUUCAAGGUUAAGUGCUAGGUAUCCUUUCUGUAGGGCUCUGCUUAGUUGUUUUUCGAAGCUUUUGAACAUGGUUAUGGGACAGGGGCGGACAAUAACUUUACUAAUGGUAAAAGAGGACAGAGAAUGAGGAAAAACCAAAGUGCUUCAAAAAAACUUUUAUUUCCCUUAAAUAAUUUUCAUCCAAACAUGCUCUUGAGAAGAUAUCAAGAAGCUACUGUUAUGUUGUUGAAAAAAGUAGCAAGGUCAAAAGUGCUACUACUGUAUGCUUCGUUUUUUCUUUCCCCACCCCUGUGCAGUUUUACAAGUUCUGCCUUUGCAAAAGCAUUUUUGUAAAGCAAAGCUCAAAUCAAACAUUUUGGAUACCUUAGGCAGCAGUGUGGGAGGAGACUGUCAGUGUGCUUGUCUGCUCUACCAGUGUCUUCUGUGUACAUUGAUCUGUUCAACUUUGCACAAGUAACCCAUGUAAGAAACUGUACAUUUUUCAAUUACUUGUAAAUAAAUUCUUGAAGGGAAGAUACUUAUCACUA